AUGCCUUGUGGAAUCGGCGGCUCGAAAACUGUGCAGCGCAAGCUUGUCUUGCUGGGCGACGGUGCAUGCGGAAAGACGUCGCUGCUCAACGUCUUCACUAGAGGGUACUUUCCGACAGUCUACGAACCCACCGUAUUCGAGAACUACGUCCACGAUAUCUUUGUGGACAAUGUUCACAUCGAACUAUCGCUAUGGGACACAGCUGGCCAGGAAGAGUUUGAUAGGUUACGGAGCCUCUCAUAUGACGAUACGGAUCUUAUCAUGCUCUGUUAUUCAGUCGACAGUAAAGACUCGCUCGAAAACGUCGAGAGCAAAUGGGUGGGCGAGAUUGCCGACAACUGCCCCGGUGUUAAGCUUGUUUUGGUGGCCUUGAAGUGCGACCUGCGCGAGGCGACAGACGAGGAAGAUGACGGCAACAACGAGGCCGGCGGGCCACGAGAGAAGAAGCCGAUGAUCAACUACGACCAGGGCCUGGAGGUGGCACGCCGAAUCCACGCCCUGCGGUAUCUCGAGUGUUCGGCCAUGCGCAAUAGGGGAGUUAACGAAGCCUUCACGGAGGCCGCACGGGUCGCCUUAUCGGUCAAGAAGGAUCGGGAAGACUCCAAGUGCGCUGUCAUGUAG